UCUUCUUUCAUUCACUGUCAACUCUACACUUGUCACAGUUCACUACAACACCAUGGCGCCAUCUAGCUUUCACCACCCCUCCACCCGAGCAUUGCAUGCAGAUGAUCCCUUCAAUCGGGUGACGGAUGUUGCGCCCCCAAUUCACAUGUCUACAACUUACAGAUUCCCCGACGACCCAGAAAGUCUAGUUCCCUCCGUCGAUCCCGUGGACGAAUUCGACGGCAAAAACUUCAUCUACUCCAGAGAAUUCGCCCCCAACUCCACCCGCUUCGAAGCCGUCCUCUCAUCUCUCCUCCACGGACAUGCCAUCAGCUACUCAACCGGCCUAGCCGCCCUCCAAGCAGCUCUAGUCCUCCUCAACCCCUGCCAGAUCUCAGUCGGCGAAGGCUACCACGGCAGCCACGAAGUCAUCUCCAUCAUCUCCCGACUAUCAGGCCUGCAGAAACUCCCCCUCGACUGUCCCACCGAAACACUCAACAAAGGCGACGCAUACGCCAAAAAGGCCCACUCCCGCGGCGCCUACCUGAUCGUCGACAGCACAUUCGGACCCCCCGGCCUCCAAGACCCAUUCCACUGGGGCGCUGGCCUCGUCCUUCAUUCCGGAUCCAAGUACUUCGGCGGCCACAGUGACCUCCUCUGCGGUGUUCUUGCUACGCAGCGCGAAGACUGGAAGAAACAGCUCCUGGAAGACCGGAUGGCUCUGGGGAGUAUAAUCGGUAAUAUGGAGGCAUGGCUUGGUCUUCGCAGUCUGCGUGCGUUAGAAUUUCGUGUCCAACGAGCGAGUCAGGGUUGCGGGACUCUUGUUGCUUGGCUUCAGAAGGCGUUGGAUGUACAGUCCCCUGAGUUGGGGAGUGAUGAGGGGAUUGUGCAGUCUGUCCUCGGGAAGAUAUAUCAUACCAGUUUGCAGGAUGAGCCGUGGGUGAGGACACAGAUGCCUAAUGGGUUUGGGCCCGUUUUCUCGAUUGUGUUGCGGAAUGAGGAUUAUGCGCGACGGCUACCGAGUCAGUUGGCUUUGUUCCAGCAUGCUACUAGUUUGGGUGGGGUGGAGUCUUUGAUUGAGUGGCGGGCGAUGUCGGAUUCGAGGGUGGAUCGGAAGUUGUUGAGACUUAGUAUUGGGUUGGAGAAUUGGGAGGAUUUGAGGAAUGAUUUGUUGGGGGCGUUUAAGGCGGUCUUGCGGGAGGAGUGA